AUGAAUGGCGAGGAUGUUUGCAUUGCCGAUCGCAAGGAUUUAGUAGCAUACUCAAAAUUUCUAGAUGCAAUAAGAAAGACGGGACCCGAAACAAGACGAUCGAAAGAAGUUAAACUAUAUAUAAGAGUAAUUGAACAUGAUGAUGAAUAUGAAGUUGACGAAGUGGGUGAUUAUGCUGAAGACAACAAUCCAAUCAUACAAGAAAUAGACGAAUUCGAUGAUAUGGUAUCUGGACAAGGUAUAACGUUUUUAUCCGACAACAACGAGAUACUACUUAAUAGAUUACGAGUAAUAUUAGCGGCAAUGAAGGAAGGACAUCGAUCACACAGACAAUUUAAUGAAGCGAAUUGUAUACUAAAAAGACUCCUACCAGGAAGCUACGAAUACGUAGCCAUUAACGAAUACCUAUCUGAAUAUGGAGGAAGUGUAAAUGGUAAAAACAAUAUUGAAAUCGAAGGUAAUUUGAAUCUGAACAAAAUAAAAUUGAUAUUAAAAAAUAAUAGUCAAGUUGAUUUCAACGUAGAAAAUUCAUUGAAUGCGUUACUAGGAUUUGAUAAACAAAUAUACACUCAAUCCACUUUAGCACCACACAAAGCUAAUAUCGAGAAUGAUAUCGAUGUCAUAAAUAUACUUUGCAAUUUAAUAAACGGUGGAUUUUUCAAUAAAUACAAACGUCAAAUUAUUUACAGUCUUCCAACAUUCACUGUACCGAUUGGAUAUAGAAUUAUAGAGAAACCAUUUCAAACAACGUAUUUACCACUUAAUUCCUUUAUGAUUAAAGAUAUAAAUCUGGAAAUCAAAGAUGGUAAAAAUAGGUUUAUAGAUUUUGGUAACGAGGAAAUUGUUAUUCAACUUCAUUUAAAACAAAAAAAUUAA